AGGCCGUUCUAACGGCUCUGGGCGAGGGAAGGUCUCUCACGAUGGCGGCGGCUUGGGGCGAGUCCGCGGAGCGGUGGCAAACGCUGGGCUCGCAGGAGGCGAUGGCGCGGACGCUGGAGGACAAGGUCCUGAAGUACUGGACUCGGUCUCAAGUGUUGGAGGAGCAGCUGCAAGCAGUAGGGGAAUUCUUUCCAGACACGGAGUAUGAAGCCACAGAUGCCCCUGGCCUUAAGAAAGCACUUCUUCUUUUCGAAGAGGAGUGGCAAAGGUAUGAGAAGCUGGUAGAAGUGAAUGCUUUCCUGCGGGAGCACCUUCAUAAAGCUGAUGAGGUUAAUUCAGCCCUUAAAGAAGAAGUUGGAAAUCUGACAGUGGCUGGCAUGAGAGCCCGGGAAGAGCUGGAAUUGAAGGAGAGUGACUGGCGCAAUGAACGGGAGGUCCUAAAAGAAGAGCUUUCUGCCAAGCAGGACUCCAUGAAUUUCUUGCAGCAGCAGCACAGACAGCAGGAAGAGAAGUGCAGGAAGCUGCAGCGAAGGGUUGAGGAAUUGGAGGUGGAACGCAAGACAUCCGGCAUCCAACAACAGCACCUCCAGUCUGUGGUUGAAGCACUCAGAAGUGACUGUGUAAAACUUGAGAAAACCAGGGAAGAGCUACAGCAACAGCUUGAAGUAAUGGAGCAAAAAGCCUCACGUCUGCAUCAAAGUAACAUGGAAUUGAGGCUGAAGGAAGACUUGGCCAAGAGGGAGCAGCAAGAAGAGAUGGAGAGAGCGCGUUGUCACCAAGAGUUACUCCUGAAGGACUUGGGUGCCCUUGAAGGAAAACAUUCCUCAUUACAGAGCGAGUUGGUAGCUGCGAGAGAGGAACUGGAGGAACUGCACCUUCAGAGGGAUCUGCUGCAGCGAGAGAAACACGAGCUUGCCGUGGCACUGGAGAAGGCAGAGCAGUCAGUGGCCAAGUUGACAGGGGCUCAAAAUCAGCUGAGUGCUGAAGUAGCUGAUCUACGUGCUGCGACAGCCGACAUGGGCAGUAUCAAUGAAGCUCUUGCAUGGGAUAAAGUGCAGCUGAACAAACUUGUGCUGCAGCUGGAACAAGAGACUGAAGCUUUGUCAAGGAGAGUGGAUGAGAUGGAGAGAAGAAAGAUCUCUGAGCAGGAGAAGCUGCAGCUGUGUGAAAGAAUGAAUGAAGAGCUCUCUGCAGAGAAAGCCCACCUGGAGCAGCUGUUGAAGAAGGCAGAGGAGCAAGAGAAGGGGCUGCAGGUGGAACUGAUGGCACUGAGGAAGGAGAAGGAAGAAAGCCAAGAGGAACUCCAAGUCUCCCAGCAGCAACAGGAGUUGGUGAGAAGUGGGCUGGAGGAGCUGCGACAGGAGUGCUCUCGCCAAGCAGACGCCCUGGCCAAGAUGUCCAGAGAGAAGGAACUGCUGGUACAGGAGAAGGCUGACCUUGAGGUGCGACUGAGAAACACAGAGUGGGACAGACGAGGCCUUUCAGAGCAGCUGGCAGAGGCCAGGUCAGGGAAGGAGACUGUGGAAUCCAGCCUGCUUGAGGCUCGGCAGCGCUUAUCUCAGCUGGAGAUCACCAGGAGUCAGCUUGAAAUCCAACUUCAUGCAGUCAUGCAGACCAAGGAAGCGAUGCAGGGGGAAUUGAAGUUCCUUCAACAGGAGCUGGAAGCAGAGAGAUCUCUCAGGAGGCAAGAACUGGAAGAGACGUCACAGCAGCUCUUACUGACCAAACAGCAGUAUGACAGUGCCUUCGAACCUCAGCAAAGUACCCACGAAGUGGAAAUAAAGAAGCUCCUGCAAGACCUGGCAAGCGAACGGAAAGAGGUAGAAGAGAUGCAGAAGAAAUGGGAAAGUGAGAAGGCAGAGAGAGAGGAAGAGGCUGAGAAGAAGCUGUUAGAUUUGAAGCAGAAGGUUGCUGCCAUGCAAGCUGAACAAGAAGAGGAGCGAGCCAGAGCUGAAAAUGCCAGGCAAGAGCUGGAACAAGAGACUGAAGCUUUGUCAAGGAGAGUGGAUGAGAUGGAGAGAAGAAAGAUCUCUGAGCAGGAGAAGCUGCAGCUGUGUGAAAGAAUGAAUGAAGAGCUCUCUGCAGAGAAAGCCCACCUGGAGCAGCUGUUGAAGAAGGCAGAGGAGCAAGAGAAGGGGCUGCAGGUGGAACUGAUGGCACUGAGGAAGGAGAAGGAAGAAAGCCAAGAGGAACUCCAAGUCUCCCAGCAGCAACAGGAGUUGGUGAGAAGUGGGCUGGAGGAGCUGCGACAGGAGUGCUCUCGCCAAGCAGACGCCCUGGCCAAGAUGUCCAGAGAGAAGGAACUGCUGGUACAGGAGAAGGCUGACCUUGAGGUGCGACUGAGAAACACAGAGUGGGACAGACGAGGCCUUUCAGAGCAGCUGGCAGAGGCCAGGUCAGGGAAGGAGACUGUGGAAUCCAGCCUGCUUGAGGCUCGGCAGCGCUUAUCUCAGCUGGAGAUCACCAGGAGUCAGCUUGAAAUCCAACUUCAUGCAGUCAUGCAGACCAAGGAAGCGAUGCAAGGGGAACUGAAGUUCCUUCAACAGGAGCUGGAAGCAGAGAGAUCUCUCACGAGGCAAGAACGGGAAGAGACGUCACAGCAGCUCUUGGUGACCAAACAGCAGUAUGACAGUGCCUUCGAACUUCAGCAAAGUGCCCACGAAGUGGAAAUAAAGAAGCUCCUGCAAGACCUGGCAAGCGAACGGAAAGAGGUAGAAGAGAUGCAGAAGAAAUGGAAAAGUGAGAAGGCAGAGAGAGAGGAAGAGGUUGAGAAGAAGCUGUUAGACUUGAAGCAGAAGGUUGCUGCCAUGCAAGCUGAACAAGAAGAGGAGCGAGCCAGAGCUGAAAAUGCCAGGCAAGAGAAUGUCGCAGAAAAGCUGCAGAGAGAGCUGCAGGCAAGUCGGAGCAAGAUCGAGGCAGUGGAGAACAGGCAUAAGCAAGAAAUCAAGACCAUCAAAGAGGAAAUGAGUAUCCUAGUUCAGCAGAGGAAUGCUCUACAAAACCAGGUGGAAGAGUUGACAUCUCAGCUAGCAACCUCCAAAGCGUCCCAGCAAGCGAUUUGCCACAAAGCUCAGCAAGAUCUGAAUGAGGCACAGGAACUGUCAAGGAAGAAGAUGCUGGAGGCUGUGCACCUGCAGAAGAUCCUGGACGAGAAGAGGAGUCGAUGGGAGGAGGUAGAACAUCAGAACAGAGAGCUGCAAGUGAGUCUACAGUCCUUGGAGAGGAAAAGGAGUCAAUGGGAAGAAGUGGAGCGUCACAACGUGAAGCUUCAGACUUCCCUGAAGAUCCUUGAGAGUGAAAAUGCCAGGCUGACUCAGUCUCUGAAAGAGAAAGAAGAGAAGCUCAGAACUCUGGAAGAAAACAACGUUGCCCAGCACAAGGAGGUGUCUCGGCUUCUUUCUGCUAUUGAGCAGGGCCAGCAGCAGUCUUCAGAUGACAGAAGAGAAAUAGAAGCGCUCAACAACCAGCAGGCUAUUGCAGAAGGGGAACGACAAUCCUGGCUCUCAGAGAAGAGAUUCUUCUUGCGGCAGCUGGAAUGUCUGCAGCGAACUGUUGCAAAGCUGGUAGAAGAGAAGAUGGAGCUGAAAGAGUUCAAUGCUGAGCUGAGGAGGACGCUUAAGGAGGUGGAACGUGAACGAAGGAAGCUGAAGAGAUACUUCAAGCAUCAGUCGCUGCCAGAUGCCUAGGAGAGCUGGGGACCUGCUGUAGCAGGGACACUGUUAUUAUGUUAUUAUUUAUGUUAUUAUUUUCUUAUUAAUAUUUUUUCCCUUUUAAUGAAAUAAUAAUA